CUUCCCUCUUGACUUCUGGCCGAACACCAAUACGCGGAAUUUGAGGUUCAAUUUGAACUUCUUUGCCCUGUUCCGCGCCUCCCGACGGCCUCCCGUCCAACGCCUCUCAGAAGCGUACAGACACACCGGACCGGGUACACGGUCGCCAAGCUGGAAGGGUUUCUCGUUUUUCGACGCCUUUCGCUACCGCGAGCAUUCUUGUUUCCGCUUUUCUUCUCUCCGAAACUUCGAGUGUAUCUCCAGCUCCUUCCGCUUCGCGCGUGCGUCUCACCUUCGCUUCCCUGCUUGUUCGUCCCUUUUUCAACCGCAAACUUCUCGUCCUUUCACGCUGGGUAUGCCGUCUCGAGCCUCCGCAGCUACACCCGCUGCUCUUUUCUGCUGCUCUUUUCUUCCUGUCCUAUUUCGUCCUCCGUCCCGUUCUGUCUCCGAAGUUUUCUUUCUCGUCGUACACGUACAUUCAACGCUUUCUUCUGUCCUUUUUAAGCAAUCCACGGGGGUGAGCUCGUAUGGACUUGGACGAACACACUGCGAGCCUCGUGUCAACAAGGGCACACUGGCUGGAGGUCGCCGGACAGAGAAGAGCAAUUCUAACGCGAAUCAACUCAGUUAAGGAGCACAGAGUGUAAACAAGCUACUCGUCAUUCUCCCCGUUUUUCACGCGAAGAAUUCCCUGUGGCUUGUAGAAAGGCGCGAGCCAGCUCGAGGCUCCAGUUCAAGAACAUGAUCAAUCUGAACUCGGCCCCGAACGGCCUCUCUGCGUCUGCCCAAGAUGCGGAGGGCCUCUCCUUCCUUUCUUCAAGUGUCUCGACAGCUGGCUCGACUGCCGCCUCUACUGGCCGAGGACCUGGCGGCUCCAUCCCUCAGUCUCUCGACUAUUCUUCGUCUGCUGUUCCCUCCUUUCUGCAACGCUGGUUCGCCGGCGCCAAAAACCCGACAGUCUGUUUCUUCCAUCUCUUUUUCAAAGCGGCAGCCCUUGCAGUAUACAUCGCCGGCGGCUGGCUCCUGCUCUUUCUGAAGGACGGGGAGAUCUUUGUCUUCGUGGCGACGCUAGUGCUCCUCGUUCUCGACUUCUGGACAGUCAAGAAUGUCUCCGGUCGGAUUUUGAUCGGAAUGCGUUGGUGGAGUUCGGUCGACGCGGAAGGGAACAACCAGUGGAUUUUCGAGCGCGCUCAGGAUGGACGCGAAAUCAACACCGUAGAGUGGCGGGUUUUCUGGUUAGGCAAUUACGCAUGGGUCUGUGUCUGGCUGACCUUGGCGGUGAUGAAGCUUCUGGAGUUCCAGCUUUUCUGGCUGCUUCUCUGCGUGGUGGGCCUGACCUUGGCGACGACAAACGUUAUGGCCUACCGCCGUUGCUCCGCCUCAGGCGAUUCGGGCCAGAAUUCUUCGUUCGCGCUCUUCUCGAGUUUCAGUGAAGUCCCGAAAGCUGCAGGCUCUGCGGCAGAGGGCGUCAAGAAUUGGCUAGCUGCUCAGGCGGGAACCGCGGCGGUGCAGAACGUCCUCGGACGCGUUGGGCUGGGGGGCACCGGCCAGAGAGGUGCGGGGGGCGGCUUCGGAUACUGAAAAAUGAACAGAACUGGAAUUGAAGAGAACAGAGGAAACGAGGCAGGGUGAGGGGAAUGUGAGGGUGAAGGGAGGGAAGAGGAGUGGCGGGGAGAGAGAGACAAAAAAGAGAAGAGAGACGAAGAAAGUCGCGGUGAUUGAGGGGAGACAGGAAGGAAAGGGAGAGAACAUAAAAGGGAAGAACAGAGAAAAAAACACGGAAGUAAAAGGAAGAAAAGGGAGACACUGAGGAAAUGAGAAGAAAGCUGGGAGAAAAGAGAGACGCAGGGAUCUUUAAAGACGAGAGAAAAGGGAUCUAGGUAAGACGGCAGACGACCGACCAAGACGGAAGAGGAAGAAAAGUGACAAAAGAAGUAAGGGUAUACAUGGGGAAAGGGAGAAAUGCUUUCAGGAUGUUUACGGGGAGGAAAGAAAAACAAUCAUGAACUUUGAUGUUUACGGGGAGGAAAGAAAAACGAUCAUGAACUUUUUCCAAGGGAAACACCGUCGAUGGCACUCGUGGCCAUUGUUUUUGUAGUAAAGAGCGUCUCUCGUUUCUGCUCUUCUUGUUCGUUGCUUGAAUCUUUUAAAAUUUCGACUUUGUACAUCCUCUCCUCUCCCCGCUGGGAGGAGAGGGAAAGAGGGGGGAUACCGCAUGCGAAAAAGAAGGUAACAGCGGCAGGAACAGUUAGGAGUCGACAGGAUUGUGUGAAGUCUGUACAGAGUCUAUAUAGGGACUUUUUAUAUGCGAGGUGAAUCGUCUUGAACACCGAGGAAAACCGUAUUCCAGAUCUUUUCUCAAAAAAAACUGAAGAAAAACAGCAUUCGCUUCUUCCCAAGCUCCUACGCGAAGGCUCUUCCCAAAUGCAGGCCUCCGAUAGCUGCGCAAAACUGGCAGAAGGCUGCCUAUUUCUACGUGUAUGUACAACUUCACCUUUGUGCUUUUACCUUCCUACACCGACCCUCUGUCUCGUUUUCUUGAGAUGCAUUUACAUGUCUUUUCCUCCCCUUUCCCUCUCUGUAUUUCCAUCUGUCUGUCUCUACCUGCAACAAUGCACCUCGGUGUAUGUAUCUCAGUUUAUCGUUGUCUACG